AUGGCGGCAUCCAAGAGUUACUAUGCUAGAGCUAGACCAAGCUACCGGUUCAUCUCCGACGAAAGGAACAGUGCCGUCGGAUCGGAUUCGUUGUUUGAGCUCGACGAAUCAGAUGUCUGGAAUGUUUCCGUGUCUCCGGAGUUGCGUAAGACGGUGCCGGGUUCUCGGAUCACGAAAAGGUCUUCGUCGGUGGCGGUGAAGCGAGGAGAGCUUGGAGGAACGGCGUCGUCGAUGCCGGUCAAUGUUCCGGACUGGUCUAAGAUACUCAAACAGGAUUACAUGGAGAAUCGGAGGAGAGACAGUGACGACGAUGAUUUCGAUGAUGAUGAUAACUGCUCUGGAGAUCGGAUUCCACCGCAUGAGUUUCUGGCGAGGACGAGAAUGGCGUCAUUUUCCGUUCACGAAGGAAUCGGGAGGACUCUGAAAGGAAGAGAUCUGAGCAGGGUACGAAACGCAAUUUGGGAGAAAACCGGGUUCGAAGAUUAA